CAGCGCGUGUUCCCGCCUCCCGCCCACCGGUCCCAACCCAGGCCAGGGUAGUCAAACUAAUUGCUUUUUUUUUUUUUUUCCCCCUCCUACUGGCCAGAAUUUCAAUGCAAUGCGAAGGGGGAAGGGAGCCACAAUGCAAAAAUCACACAAAAAUUGGGGCGGGGCAAAGGAGCUACAGUUACGCAAGAGAAUUAGUGGCCAAAGUUUCGGCUCAAGAGUUUGGAAGACCGGGUGCGUUUUCCUCAGUCAAGAAGGACGUUUUCAAAACGUCUGUGAUUCUGGAAGAUGGACAUCGUGGAAUUAUUCUCACCAGUAGUAAUCGCCGUAUGGACCAAUAUUUACCAUCUUUGCUAUGGGAAAACGAAUGACCUUUGUUACUGAAGAAGAAGGAAUUGAUGUGUUUCUAAAAUCUAAACAUGUAGAUUUUGAACUAGCUGUACAAAAUCCUGUCUAUCAAACAGCAUGGAUUCCAAAGAAUGUCUUUUUAGCACUGCAUGAGAAACUGUAUGUCUUGAUGAAGGGGAAGAUGGGAACUUUCAGCAUGCAUCAGUUUACUGGGCAGCUGACUGAGGAAUUUCAUGAGCAACUGGAAGCUUUAGGCACCCAUGGGACCAUGGACCUGAACAACUUUGUAAGGCAUCUUUUUUAUCCAGCCACAGUCAAUACUCUCUUUAAGAAAGGGUUGUUUUUCACAAACGAGAGGAAAAUCAAGGAGUUCUACCAACAUUUUAAAACUUACGACGAGGGUUUUGAGUAUGGAUCCCAGCUGCCGGAAUGGCUCCUGAGAAACUGGUCAAAGUCUAAAAGAUGGUUCCUAGCACUGUUUGAGAAAAAUAUUGAAGAAAUAAAAGCUGACAAGUCUGUAGAAGGUCAUUCUGGGACCCUCCUGCAGGCCGUGCUGGAUAUUGUGGAGUUGGAAACAUUUCAACACAGUCCAAAUUAUGUACUGCUGUUGCUUUGGGCCUCUCUGGCCAAUGCUUCUCCUAUUGCAUUCUGGACGCUUGCAUUUGUCCUGUCCCAUCCUGACAUCCACAAGACCGUUUUAGAAGGCAUAUCAUCUGUGUUUGGCACUGCAGGUAAAUAUAAGAUUAAAGUGUCUGAAGAUGACUUGAAGAAGCUCCCUCUAAUUAAGUGGUGUGUUCUGGAAGCCAUACGCUUGAGAGCCCCUGGUGUCAUUACUAGAAAAGUAGUGAAGCCAGUUAAAAUUCUGAGUCAUACCGUUCCUUCUGGUGAUCUGUUGAUGGUGUCUCCAUUCUGGCUACACAGAAAUCCAAAAUAUUUUCCCGAACCUGACUCAUUCAAACCUGAACGCUGGAAAGAGGCAAAUUUAGAUAAGAAUGCUUUCUUGGACUGCUUCAUGGCUUUUGGAGGCGGGAAGUUCCAGUGUCCUGGAAGGUGGUUUGCUCUGCUAGAGAUCCAAAUAUGUAUUAUUUUAGUGCUUUAUACAUAUGACUGCAGUCUUCUGGACCCAUUGCCAAAGCAGAGUUGUCUUCAUUUGGUGGGUGUCCCCCAGCCAGAAGGGAAAUGCCGAAUUGAAUAUAAACAAAGAACAUGACAUCCUUUGGGGCUCAAGAGGGUCAGAACCUUCUAGAAGAGUGAAGGCACCCAGCUACCACCCUCCCAGCAUCUUGACAUGAAGAUGGCACAUGCGUUUCAGAUCUGAAGACCUUGCAUCUGAGUUCACUGUUGGGAACUCAGAAAACCCAACUCAAGGUUCAGAGAAAGGGGUUCAAACUAUUUUAUUUAUUUAAAAAAUUAUUUUUCGUUUUACGUACCAACCCCACUUUCCCAUCCCUGCCUUUCUUCCCACCCUCCCCAACCAUCGACUCCUCAGAGGGAAGAAGGCCUUCCUUGGGGAGUCAACAAAGUCUGGCAUACCAAGUUGAGGCAGGACCAAGCCCCUCCCUUAUGUAUCAAGGCUGAAAAAGGUAUCCCUCCAUCGGGAAUGGGCUCCCAAAAGCCAGGUCAUGCCCCUCAAAUGCUUUUUUAAAAAGUUGUUAAAAAGUUAGAAUUUGGCUUCAUAUAUAACCAUAUCAAAGUAGAAAUGCCAUUUGAAUGGGAAUAUUGUUACAUUAAAUUUGCUGUGAAAGCAACAUACUUAGAAUUCUAUUUUGCAAAAAAAAAAAAAAAAGAAAAAAAGAAAAAGAAAAAGAAAACUCCAAUGUUUUGGAGUUUUGGACACUGAAAAGCUAAAUGAUGAUUUCUAGACAUUCUCUAUUUUUAAAAUGUGAUUCUUAACUUGAAGUUUGAAAUCUUAGGCUUAUUAAUGCCAAUCACCACAGCCAUGCCUAGCGCUGAGAAGUGUGGAGAAAACGAUGGUAGUUUUAGGACACUUGUGGGGACUGGUUCCUGUGCUGCACUCAUUCCUGCACAGGCAGAAUCCCUCUGUAGCGGAUAAUCAGGACUCAUUGAUUCAGGUAUCGAUUGGUAUUUUAAUUAAGGGAGAAGCACUCUUUUGAUUCAAUGUGUCUUUAAUUAUAGUUCGAUAAAGCAGUCUCCUUGCAUCUUGUUCCGUGUUCGGUUGAUAGCCCUGGGAGGCCUGCUCUUUUCUGAAGGGAAGUGGAGGAGCAGUGGAUCUGAGGGCUGGAGGGGGGGCUGGGAGGAGAUACUUUGGUCGGGAUGUAUUGCCUGAGAGAUGAAUAAAUAAAAAGAAAUGUAUAUCUGACAUUGUAUUGGAUUAGUAAGUGCAUGUGAGUCUGUUCCUUAAAUCUCAGGACAGCGGAAUAUUUGCCUUAAAUUCUGGAAAGAAAACCCAGCAUGUCCAUGGGAAAAUACGAUUCUCAUAACAACAAACAAUGGUGUCAUCAUUUAUCCUCCAGAUUCCAAUAAAAGUUCUCUUCAUCUCUGUUUC